AUGGGGGGCAAGACUGCAAACAAGGCCGGCUACUUCGACAAGCUCAAGGGCUUGCUCGAGGAGUACCGCUCCGUCUUCGUUGUCUCCAUCGACAAUGUCAGUUCUCAGCAGAUGCACGAGAUCCGACACGCCCUCCGCAAGGAGGGUGUCGUCUUGAUGGGCAAGAACACCAUGGUUCGCCGUGCCCUCAAAACCUUCAUCAACGACACCCCCGAGUACGAGCGCCUCUUGCCCUUUGUCCGCGGCAACGUCGGUUUCGUCUUCACCAACGGUGACCUCAAGACCGUUCGUGACAAGCUCCUGUCCAACCGUGUCGCCGCUCCCGCCCGUGCAGGUGCCGUCGCCCCCAUCGAUGUCUGGGUCCCCGCCGGAAACACUGGCAUGGAACCCGGCAAGACCUCCUUCUUCCAGGCCCUCGGUGUCCCCACCAAGAUCGCCCGUGGUACCAUCGAAAUCACCACCGAUCUUAAGCUCGUCGAGACUGGCAACAAGGUCGGUCCUUCCGAGGCCACCCUGCUCAACAUGCUCAACAUCUCCCCCUUCACCUACGGUCUGGGCGUCACCCAGGUCUACGACCAGGGUCAGGCGUUCCCACCCGAGAUCCUCGACAUUGGCGAGGAGCAGCUCCUCGGCAGCCUGUCCAAGGCCAUCACUACCAUUGCCACCAUCUCCCUGGCCCUCAACUUCCCCACCCUGCCCUCCGUCAUGCACUCCGUCGUCAACUCCUACAAGAACGUUCUCGCCGUUGCCAUCGAGACCGACUUCAGCUGGCCCGAGAUUGAGCAGCUCAAGGACCGCAUCGCCAACCCCGAUGCUUACGCCGCCGCUGCUCCUGCCGCCGCCGCCGCCGGUAGUGGUGCUGCCGCGGGCGGCGAGGCCGCCGAGGAAGCCAAAAAGGACGAUUCCGAGGAGGAGGAAGACGAUGAGGGCUUCGGUGGUCUCUUCGACUAA